CGGCAGAAAGCACUUCAACAUAAACAUCAGAGCCCUCACACCUCCCUCAGCCGCGACUCCUCAAUAAGGUAAUAUGGAGGAUUCUGCAGAGUCAUCUCACUGGGUGUCUUCAUCACUGCUGGGCUCAGAUUCUCUGGUGGCCUUCUCCUCGGAGUCUAGUCUGCUACCACCAGGAGAAAACAGUGAUGCCUUCUUCUCCUGCCAGGACGCAGAUUAUACCAGCCUGUCCUCCUUCUUCUCCAGUCCAAGUCAGAGUCGAGCCCCGUCCACCUACAGACACAGCUCGGUCCGCCAGGUCUUCUCCUCACCGAGUCUCCUCAGUAACUUCCAGUUGUUGGACGGGCCGACCAGUCACUCCGUGGGCUCACCCUACAACCCUGCAGCCACCACCUGGAGCAGCAGUCCUCUGGCUAAACCCACACUCCCGACAUCUCUGUACACUGGCGUCUCCUCCUCCAUCAACCCGACCAGGGAUGGGUACUCGUCUCCAAGCAGGGAGAGCAGGGAGAGCCCCCAGCCUCAGGAAGCCCUCAAGGCCGAGCGCAUGAGCCCGCUAGGAGGAUCGACGUCCUGCAGCAGUUUUCUAAAUCUAACCCCUGCGGUUGGGAGCGUGUACACGCCAUCACCUCACUCUCAUCCGCACAUGUUGAGCCCUUACAGCUCAUACAUGACGGCCUCUCAGGAGUACAGUGCAGCCAGCUACUACAGCAACCCCGGGGCCUGGAUGAGCCCCCCGUACUCCCCAAAACUUUGCAGCAAGAUGAGAAUAUCCACACCGGAGGCCCGAGAGUGUGUUAACUGCGGUGCCACGGCGACCCCCCUGUGGCGUCGUGAUGGUACAGGCCACUAUCUGUGCAAUGCCUGUGGACUGUACCAUAAAAUGAACGGCCAAAAUCGACCCCUGAUCCGACCCAAGAAGAGACUGAUUGUCAGCAAGCGGGCAGGAACUCUGUGUGCCAACUGUCACACAAGCACAACAACGCUGUGGCGACGCAACGCAAAUGGAGAGCCUGUGUGUAACGCAUGUGGACUGUACUUUAAGCUACACAAUGUUAACCGGCCUCUCACUAUGAAGAAAGAUGGCAUCCAAACUCGGAACAGGAAAGUGUCAAAUAAGAACAAGAAGAACAAGAAGGCAGCCAUGUUGGAGACAUUUGCAGACGUCCCCCAGCCGCCUUCCAUGGAGGACAACGGCGGGCCCUUUGCCCUCAGCCCCUCCACUCUUCUGACCUACAGCCACGUGCCGCACCUCAUGCCAAGCCAGUCGCACCUGCACGCCUCCGCUACUUUACCAUACACACACCACCGCAACACGGGCAUGGUGCCCACUUUAGUGUGAAUGAGGCCCGCUCACGAUGUAAAUACACACGCAGACUUGAUGCAACUGUCGUUUUCUGUUAUUGCUGGUGUGAACUUAUUUGUAUUUGUGGUUGCUUGUUGUGCUUGUUGUGCAAUGGCAUGUCAAUUACAAGCAAAUGAAUAAAAGGUGUGAAAUCAGUUCAGGAUGGUUGUGGACUCAUGGAAAUUAUUAGUUGAUGAAACCGUUAAAGUUGACUUUGUGCAUUCGUUCAUGUGUUCAUAACAUCACUCUGUGUUGACUACCAUAGUGAUUUAUGUAAAUCAGGGGUGCGCACACUUUGUCAGCCUGCGAGCUACUUUGAAAAUGACCAAGUCCCAAAGACCUACC